AUUCUAGGAUUUGCUACUAUUUCUAUUGAAGCACUUCUAGAUGAACUUUGUUCAAUGUCAUCGUAGUUGAAGAUCAAAUCUAGUGAAAUUAACUACAAAAAUAUUGUUUAACAUCUGCAAGCGAAUGCAAAAAUUGUAGUGGCAAUAAACAAUGGAUGUGACAAAUUUAUUAAUAUGUUAUAGUUUUGUUAUUGUGUUUCCGAUUGUCGUUAUUAUAAUUGUGCCAAGGACAUCCUAUAUUAACUUCUUUGCUUUAGAAGGUUUGUUGUGGAGAAUAUUCCGCUUCUUAAGUAAAACUGUGAAUAAACAGAAUAAAGAAAAAUAUGCUCAGACAACAAGCAGCUUAACAGAAAACGUUGAAAGCGAAAUUAUCAUUUCUACGAUAAAACAUUCUGAAGAACAAAGUUUUUAUGGUAUAGAUCAGGAAGGAAACAGCUUGUUGCUAAGAAUUACCCUAACAAAAAACACAAUAACUACUGUCUAUCUGCAUUUAAAAGUUCAAAAUAAUACCUACACCUUACCAGUUGUAAAUGGGAUUUUGGAAACUAAUAUUCCGAAAAACCGUUGGAAAGUGGAUGGUUUAAAUAUCGAGGUCGUCGAGCCUUUCAAAAGGUUAAGGAUCUGCUUUAAUGGAAUAUUGAAAACUGAUAGAGAUACCACCGAUCAUAUUCAGUUUAAUUUUAUUUUCAAUGCCUCAUGUUCACCAUUUUAUUACCCCAGUGAUAUUGAUGAUACAAUAUUUAGAAAAUUUCUUUUAAUGGAAAAGGUCAAAUGUAUCUUCGGCUCUUCCAGUCAACCACUAUUGGAUGACCAAAUUGAACUUAUUCAAUUUGGCGUUUUGAAAGGAUUAUUAAGAAGAAACUCGUCAGAAGAGAUUGAGCUACAUUUGCCUACUUGUAGAACGAGGUAUAAAGGAAUAGAAAGUAAAUAUGUAUACAAUAAAGUGCUUUACAUAAAUGCUAUUGACGAAUGUGGAAAUAGCUUUCAUAUUGGAAUAAAACAUUUUAAAAAUGGAUCUUCCAGUUUGGUUUAUGGCUUUUCAUACUUGACCGCAAAAGACCAAAGAUAUCCAAUCACCAGCAUACAUAUUGAGGAGUUUUUAUCAGGAAAAGGCAACAUAUUGCCAGAGUAUAUUAUCGCUACAGCUAAAGCAAAUAACAAAACUUUUAAAAUAAAUAUAUUAAUACAUAAGACUGAAAUUCAAGCAACAAAAACUAGUUAUAAAAAAGGAUAUGCUAUAUAUACUGCAGCUUGUGGUUGCAAUAUCAACGAGAACGAAGGCAGAGCAUGUGUUGAAGCUAGGUAUCCCUUCGAAGGUCCAAAUGAUUUUGUUCCUGAAAAAAGACUAACGGAAACAAUAGUCGAUUCGCUACCAAAUAUACUAUUAUGUGAUAUAAAAGAUGAAAGGUCUCAAAUUGUUGAUCUUACUGGAGGAAAAGGUUGUUCGCUAGCAUUGCUAGCAUCUCUACACUCAUCUGAGUUUAAGGUUCCAGAUGGUUUUAUCAUAACAGUAAAUGCUUACAAUCUUUAUAUUAAAGGCGAACUAGUGGAAGAAAUAAAUUUACUCAGUGAUGUUUGUUGUGGAAAAACAGAAUUAAAGCUUGAAGAAGCAUGUAACAGGACGGUCAAAUGCUUCAAAAACCAAAAAUUUCCAGAGAAUCUCAAAGAACAAAUUAUUUUACAGCUACAAAAGUAUCCAAAGGAACACGAUCAGGUAAGUUGGGCAGUAAGAUCUUCUGCUAUUGGUGAAGAUUCGGAAGAAUUGUCAUCAGCUGGACAGAAUGAAACUUUCUUAGGUUGCCAGUCGUACGAACAGAUUUUAGAAGCUAUCCAGGCUUGUUGGGCAUCUUUAUAUACUUAUCAGAGUGUGCAGUAUAGAUGGCAACAUGGUAUUCCCGUUGUUACAAGAAUGGCAGUUGUGGUGCAAAAAAUGGUAAAAGCUGACAGUGCAGGAGUACUUUUUACAUGCCAUCCUUCUACUUGUAAUCCAUCUCAGAUGGUUAUUACUUCAAACUUUGGACUAGGAGAGACCGUUGUAUCUGGUGAAUCGGAUCCUGACACGUACAUUUUAAACAAAAGAAGCAACAGUAUUAUUGAAGUCGAAAGCAAAGUGUUAGGUACUAAAAAUAAAGUACUAACUUUAACUAAAGAAGGAUUACAAGAAACAACUACACAGGAAGAUAUUUUCAGUUUAAGCGAUGAACAGGCGAUUCAGUUAGGAAAAGUUGGACUGCUUCUAGAAAAAGCGUUUGGAAAUCCCAGAGAUAUUGAAUGGGGAUUUCAUAACGGACAGCUAUUUCUAUUCCAAUCUCGUCCCAUUACAACUCUAACAACGUGGACAGACUACGAGCUCAGCCACGAACUAGACUUUCCACAACUGACCAAAUUGAGCGCUUGUACGACGGCAAAUAUCAGAGAAGUUGUUCCGAAAGCUAGUACAGUGUUGUCACGAACUAGCUCGUUGCGAUGUUUGGAUUGGGGUAUACAAAAACUGGUAACUUGUAAUUUUGAUCCAGCCAGUAUGAAAGCUUUGAUUACGUAUCAACAUAAUGUAUUCUUGGAUGUUAUAAAAGGUAUACAUAUAAACACCAAACAAGAAAUAGAAGCAUCUUCUAUAACCGUAGAUUUAGCUAUAUUCGGUCAUCGAGUGAUAGAUAAGAAUUUAAAUGAUAUAUGUAACAAAAUUAGAGAACCCUCAACGGGUUAUGAUACCCUCAAUACCCUGCUUUGGUCUAUAAAAUGCGCUUGGCAAAAUCAUGGCGUUAAUAAAAAAGCCCAAAAACUGGUGAGGACGUUGGACUUAAAAGGAUCAUCACUACAGGAGUUAUAUGACAAAAUUGAUACAGCUUUAGCAACUAACGUAGAAGAAAUUGCUAUUUGCCAUUCACAUACAACCGGAACAUCUGUUUUUUAUCAAAUGCUUACAAUGAAUAUUCUUCUCGAGGGAAAACAAGAUAUCACCGAUGACCACAUUUCUGAUUUUGCUUUAAUCCUUUCGUCUUGCGAGGACGUAAUUUCUGCGGAAGUUCCAAAAUAUCUGGAACAAAUAGCUUCUACCAUAAAAGAUGCAGAAGGUGAAAAAACAUUUAAAAAUAUCGAUGCUGCAGAAGGUGUAAAGUGGUUAAAGGAUAACUGUCCUGCAACUUAUGAAUUGUAUACGGAAUUCAUGGAAAAACAUGGACAUCGUAGUAGAGGAGAGUUUGAAAUAAUGGAAGAAACAUGGAACGACAAUCCCUCCCAAGUAAUCGCAAUGAUUCAAGCAAAUUUAGGAGUGGAGAGAAAAGAAAAGGAUAGAAUGGACAUUGAUAAAAUUAUUAAGAAUUUGAAAUCUCCAAAAAGUUCUAUAACAAGAUUGAUUGUUAAGUUUCUCCUGAAAAAAAUUCGCGUUGCAGUGGGGAUCAGGGAACAAACCAAAUCAGUACUGGUGCUAGCUGUAGAUAAAUUAAGAAGAGCUUAUAGAAACUUAAGCGAUCAGAUGGUUCUGAAUGGCAUAUUACCGCAUAAGGACCUGAUUUAUCAUCUAACUCACGAAGAGGUUAAAUUGCUGAUUAAAAGCAGAAAUCCUCUUCUUAUUUCAAAGGCAAUGAUGCGCCAGAAACUAUACAGUAAAUGGAAGGCUAUGAGAUUCGCUGAAGUAAUGUUUGGUCUUCCAGAGCCAGAAAAAGAUGAAGAGGAUACUGAGAUAUCAGAUUUAAAGGAUAUGUGUAAGGGAACUGCAGUCUGUCGAGGAAUUGUCCAAGCACGAGCUUGCGUUAUUAGAAAUUUGGAUGAGAUUUCUCAGUUACAAAAAGGUGACGUUCUUAUCACCUAUAGUACUGAUAUCGGUUGGUCCCCAUACUUUCCAAUGCUAUCUGGAGUGGUGACCGAACUUGGUGGACUUGUUUCACAUGUGACAUGUUUGGCAAAAGAUAACAUUUGUGCUAUGUUAUGCGCAAAGAACAGCGAAGGGAGAGCUCAAAUUUUACAGGACCUUUACGAUAAUAACGGAGACCAUCCACAGAACGACAAUGAAUGUCCGAGCGUUUCAAGUAGUACCAAAUUACAUAAUGAAUUUUCAGUAUUGAGAUCUAUAGAAGCAAGUUCCAGUAAGGACAGAAAAUUUAUCAACUUCGGAGUAUGGAUAUCAACAAUAUUUUUCUUAUCAGUUUCCAUAUUAUUUGGUUUACUAGCAGCUGGUUUAUCAUUGUACAAUACUGUGUCCAAUCCUAUACAAAUAUAUCUCAGUAUAUACGGACUAUUUGUAUAUAACGGGAUUGCAUUAGGCACUGUUAUAAUCGCAGUAACAGUAUGGGGAAUUUUCUUCCAAAUAAGCAUUUACCAUGAUAUAGGUAUUUAUUAUACAUUAACUGGAGCUAUGAACUCAGAUAAGACGGCAGUUUUAGGAUACUCUUACUGGUUGAAUAUUAUCCCUAUAGUAUUAUACAUAAUAAGUAUAACGUUACUAGCAGUACGAGAAUACAUGGUUUCACACGACCCGAAACAAAAAAUUGUACAAAGGGAAGAAGCUGGUGAUCCUGUAAUAUACCUUUAUUAAAUUAAAAUACCUAUUUUUCUUUUUAUUUAUAUUGUAUGUAAGAUCUAUGAGAUAGUAAAGUAAAAUCUCAAAAGGAGAUUAUUAUAGAUACAU